UCAAAUCCCCGUUAUUUUUAUGUGAAAUUUUUUUUGUAAUAGGAUUUCCCAAAUGUUAACCAUUCCGAACUGCUUUCCUAGAGAAUGUUGGGUUGGCAUCUUGAUCAUAUCGUUACGCUUGAUUAUAUUUCUUGAAUAGUGAAACGGUAUUUCGAAAAAUGUCGAAUUAAUUUUUCGUUUCGAAGAAAUUAUUUUCCAGUUUAAAUUUUCUAUUCGGUUGGUAAUUUUUUUACGCGUUGUCGACCCAUAUUUUCGGUAUCGAAAUUUUCUUAGAAAUUGACCGCUACCGUGCGUAAUUCCGCAUCAAAAAAUAACGACGAGCAACAUGUGAAAAAUAUUUUGGAAUUUCAAUUUAUUCGUCUGCGUGUUUCGUUGAUUGAUAUUGGCAUUGGAAAGUUCAUUGGGCCCUUGAUUUCUUUCAAUUUCUACCGAAGGUUGCUUUAAAAUUUGUUAUGAGUGAUUAUGGAAGUUGGUAUGUUACCGUCGCAAUUUCUCAGCGUUGUUUUGGAAGAAACAGAUAAAAAUAACGCUCAUGCAACGAACUUUUCUAAAAACAAAACAUCAAUUAAGAUAUCGCCGCUAGUUGCUAAAAAUUCAACACUCGUCAAACGAAAAUUAAAUGGGAAAUUUUUGACUACGCCGUUACCCCCGAAAUUUAACGAUGGUCAUAAAGUGACUCCUCCUUUAGCACAUUCCGAUUGUCUGGAGAUUAAGAAAAGGUUACCUCGUACUGUUUUGGAAGAAUGCAUCGUCGAAUUGGCUGAUUCGUCGCAUAAAACCCCAGAUAAAUUGAACGAAUCGAUCAAAGAUGCUGUCAUCAUCCAGCCGAUGUUUCCGAAGAAACCCUCCAAACCGGUGACCGAUAAAAAACUGAAGAAUGGCUCUUACAUGAGAGAUAUAUUCAAUAAAGUCGAAGCGGUAUAUUCGGACGACGACGAACCAUUUUUGAAACCGAGCCCCAAACAGAACGGUCACUCGACUUCUUUACCUUUGGAUCUGGACGGAUCAUCGUCAUUACUCGCAUACGCUUGCGAUCACUGUCCAAACAAGUAUACGAACAAAGGUGCCCUUUGGCAACACAACGUAGCUGCCCAUAGCGUCGAGAAAAGCUGCGAAUGUCAACUCUGCGGCCGGAAAUUCUAUCGGAAUUGUAGUCUAGCUUUGCACAUGAAGUGUCACUCGGAUGAGCAAAAUUGCAGCUGUAAAGUAUGCGGUAAGGAAUUCAAUCGAUUAUCGAUGCUCGAACGACAUGCCAAAUGUCACAACGCCGAACCUGCAGCUGUCGUAGCUGCGGUAUUCAGUUGUAAAAUCUGCGGCAAGAAGUUCGCCGACGAGGAAGCUCUCAAGCACCACGUGUUCACGCAUAACGAAAAAUACACUUGCGAACAAUGUAACGUAACUUUCAAUACGAAACAGCUUCUAGAUUUGCAUUUUCAUAUUACGCACAAACGCAGCGAAACUCCGUUCGCUUGUAAGCUGUGUAAAGCUAGAUUCGCCAAUUUGAGAGAGCUCAACGAGCACGCCGCCUCUCAUACGUACGAAAAGCUGCGUAUAUCGUGUCAUCAUUGCGGCGAAGUGUUCACUCAAAGGUGCACUUACAAGAAACAUUUACAGCUUCAUAUCGGCGAACGGUUGAGUUGUAAUAUUUGCAGAAUCGAUUUCACUCAAAGGUCUUCCUUACUGAGACAUUAUAAACGGUUACAUCUUCUUAACGAUAUACCUUUAUCGAAUGGAUCCGGUAUUAUGGAAACUCCCGCUUUGACUAUAAUUACGAAAUAGAGCGCCUUUUUCGCCCUCCCCCCCCCUAUUCCCCUUCAUGUCAUUCGAAAUUCUUGCUGCUUUUUUCGAUUCGAUUCGGAUUUUUUUUCUUCGAAUUCCAUUGACGAAAUACAUAUCUGGAAGAGCGAAGUGCCAUCGUCUGAUUUCCAGUCACAUUUUGAGUAAAGGAAGAGAGAGCUGUGACACUCGCCUCCCUCUCCUCUCCCUACUUCGAUUAGUGAACUGAAACAAAAACGAUCGUUUAUGGUAAAUAAAAUCGAAAAAAGUGAGAUCAUUACGUCAUUUUUGAUCGAUUGACGUGGAGCCCUUCCUCCCCUCCCUCUGCUUCCGGUGGUCGUAUUUUUCGCUUCCAAUUAUAAUACGUAUUAUUUAUACUUACACGCGUAAUUGAUACUUCUUAUCAAAUUUCUUCGAAAUUUUUUCAUGCUCGAGUACUCUUUAAAAAAAAAGAAUACGACCGACAUUCCUGGUUUUCGUUUACAUUUUUCUGUAUAUUUUUUUUUCAAAAUAAUCUUUCUGCGUUUUUUCUGAACAACGUCACUGCCUUCGUAUCUUCGCUAUUAUUUUUUUUUCAUUUUAUAAUUUCUAUUUACUCGCGAUGUAUAUUUUUUUCUUACUGACGCGAUUAUUUCGUCAGAGAGGAAGUGAAAUUUGGACGUAAAAAUUGAAAUUGGGGCCGGUAGCAAAGUCAUUAAUAAUUACGCGU